AUGCGACGGCAACAAACGGUCGGAAAGGUAUUUUCGGCUAGUUCUGUUAACAACUUGUCCUAUUUUCGAAACCAAUACGAUUCGGCUAACAAGCGCUCACGCUGUACUAGAACAGCACACCAGCGUAGACAGACUGACUGUAGAGUGCGUAUGGGAGCUGGCCAAAGCAACUCUUCAAGUGGAAGGUAAUCACCUAUUUCUACAAUUACUUAGGUUUACUCAAGUAAUAUAUCAUACAAUUGAAGUUUUAGUCAGUCCGAGGAGUUCUCCGAAUGUGAAUCCAGUCCUCGGCCGCGAACGCCGUCUGUAAGAACGGCGGAACCUGUGAAACCUCGCUACGCACGGCGUGGCUUUACCAACCUCGGCAACACUUGUUUUCUCGGUGCUCUACUGAUGGCCUUGUCAGCCAUACCAGAAUUCCGGCAAUCCCUUAACAUUGUUAUCAAGCUCCUCGACCGAUACGAAAGGAAAGCAGACGAAAUGUCAAGUGUAAGAUACUGUAAUUUGAACUUAAAUUUUAUAUAUAACAUCUUAACCUGUGACGUCUAAAAAGUUUUAAAAUUUGCAUUGUUUAUCAAACACACAACUACUACACUUCAUAAUCUCUUGAACCUUAUAGUGCUGAUCCAUCCUUGUUUUAGAGAGUAUCUCUGCAGACUGAACUGAUUUGGGAGCUCUUGCAUAUCCUCGACACUCUAAAAAAGACAGAGAUUGCUCCAUCAGCCAAGGAUUUGUACAAAGUGAUAAGCAAACUGAACCCCGGCCUGGGAGGAAAACAACAACAAGAUGUACACGAGUUGUACAUCAUGAUCAUGGACUGUAUGGAGUGUGUCUGCAAAUGGCUGGACGAACAAAUGAAAAAGGACGGGAGGUAAGGUGAAUGAGAAGGAAACUAUUGAUAUAUCCUGGUAUAUUAUAUUUAUAAGCCCAAAUCCUCCAAAAAACAGUAAAUCAAACAAAUUCUUGCAACACAAUGCCAGUUUUGCCUAUUUGGCAGCAUUCAAAAAUAAAACAAUUUUUUGUCCAAAUUUUUAUAAUUAUAUUCUAGCUAUGUUAGCCCUUUAUUUGAAUCGACCACCUUCUACUUUUGCACUCAGCGACGGAUCAAGUGUUGUGAAUGUAAGAACGAGAGUAGAUCUCGAGAACCGACCGUGGACGUCAGUUUGGAGCCUCCAGAAGUCGAGAAUUCUGAUUGGAAUCCGUUCAAAGGUUGGGGACGACGUCUAGACUUUUCUGGCCAAAACCAGUACAAAUGCGACAAAUGCAACAAGAACGUUGACGCACGGCAGUACACGGAGAUGGUGAAUGCACCUAAUGUGCUGGUCGGACAUUAUCAUGUGUUUGAAAGUGGGUUUUGCUUGUUUUUGAUGUGUUUUCACUAUUUUUGAUUUUCUACUUUUUGAGAUGUUGCCUUUUAUAUCUUUAUUACCAAGUAUAACAUACAAGAUAUGCAAUAAUGUAAGCUUUCAGUGGUAGAAUACGAAGGUGACAUUUGUUUGAGGAAACGCCCAAAAGCACCAUUUCCUGCGGAGACUAUUAACAUGACUGAUCUGUGUCUAGACGCAACUCUAAAACAAGAUGACAUCCCUGGCUAUGUACUGUGCUCAUUGGUUAUCCACAUUGGGGGAAAUAUGCACUAUGGACAUUACAUAGCCGCAAAGAGAAUUAAGGGAGAUGAAUGGAUCAUAUAUGAUGAUAGAACGGCUCACGAGACUACAACUAAGCACUUGAUGUAGGUAUCGAUAUUUUAUGUUAUGAAUUGUUUGAUUUGAGGUGUUUAUGGCUGUAACUUUUCGAUAUUGUAUUUUUUAGCUAACAGAGUAUAAAAGAUGCUAUUUUUGGCCGUAAACUGUGCAGUUUUUGCUUUUAUUUUUCUUUUACUUUUAUACGUUUAUAACUUUCUAACCUUUAAUUCUAGUAUAACGUAUAUUCACAAAACUGAUUUCAGAGAAAAUUCAAAAUGUUUCACUCCGUAUCUUCUGUUUUAUCGUCGGCAGAAUCCACCGAUCACGCGGAGAAGUACGGCUGGCUGGGAAAUUACAGUACCCUCGACUCCACCACCACAGUCUCUACCAAAGAUACUAAGCGAUGUAUCUUUGAAGGACAGUUCGAGUAAUAGCAGCAUCAGUCUGCUGAACUGGUGGUCGUUGAAGGAGGAAGGCUCCGUGUCCUAUUACUUUUCCUGUUUUAAAAAGUAUUUGUAUUGA